AUGACAGAAGUGAAAGGAACUCCCAUCAUUAAAGGUUCACGAACAAUGCAAAUAACUGGCUUAUAUAAAGGAAGGGCAAUUAUUAUAAAAGACUCUUACAGUGUUAUAAAUAAGAAGCUUAAACUAUUUCCUGCUAUGUUUAACUUACAAACAGGACCGAAAGAAGUAUUUCCAUACAACUACUACAGCAGUACUUUGUUAGCAAAUGACAACAGAACUGGUGUCAUUUCUGAAGCAUGUAAGUUUAUUCGGGAUGCGGAUACAUUCAUGAAAAACAUAGAUUCCAUCAAAGGUUGCAGAAUAGAUGAGAACCACUUCGACUUAGAAAAGUAUAGCACAUUUUAUUGCAAACAAGAUGUAAGAAUUUUAAGAGAAGGUUUUGUAAAGUUCCGCAAUGACUUAUUGAAAGAGUUUGAUUUAAACGUUUAUGACUACGUUAGUAUUUGUUCUAUUGCUAACAAAUUGUUUGAGAACAGAGUGUACUUCCCGAAUGGAAAUUUAUAUGACCUCUCAAAUAAACCAAGAGAAUUUAUUUCGAGAUGCAUUCAAGGUGGAAGAUGUAUGUUGUCAGAUAACAUUAAACAAAAGAGUAAAGAGAAACUCAUUGCUGAUUUCGACGCUGUUUCAUUAUAUCCAUCCGCUAUAGCAAGACUUUAUACUUUAGAAGGUAUUCCAAAGGUUAUGAAGAAAGAAAUGUUAAGCACAGAGUAUCUCAUGAGACAUUUAUUCGAUGACGACCAAAAGGAACCCAUUGGUGAAAAGUUUAUGUCUGGCUUCUUUGUUCUCAUUAAGAUAACAGA